UCCCUAAACUAUAGAUCUAGCUGCUCGCCUGUCUAUGCGGUCUGGUUCUAUGCGGUCUGGUUCUAUGCGGUCUGGUUCUAUGUGCUCUGGUUCUAUGUGGUGGCUGCUGUAUUGUUUUGAUUAGGAGCAUCAUCUUUGUCCAGCUACAGCUGCGGGUUAUCUGAUCUGAGAUCUCCCCUGUAGUCCUAGAGGUCAUGGAUGAGCAGACAGGCUCUCCUGGAGCCAAUACCGAAAACAACAGCCAGAGAAAUGGAGAUGAGAAGCCCCGACGUGGCAGCUGGACCAAGGGGAGGAAGAGGAAGAAGCCAAUGAAGGACAGCAACGCGCCCAAGGCCCCGCUAACGGGCUACGUUCGCUUCAUGAACGACAGACGGGAGCAGCUCCGGGCAGAGAGGCCAGACGUGCCCUUUCCAGAGAUUACGAGGAUGCUGGGCAACGAGUGGAGCAAGCUGCCCCCCGAGGACAAGCAGCGAUACUUGGAUGAGGCGGAGCGAGAUAAGGAGCGCUACAUGCGGGAGCUGGAGAAGUACCAGAAGACAGAAGCCUACAAACAUUUCACCAGGAAGGUCCAAGAGAAGCAGAAGGGCAAGCGGCACAGGGGAGAUGUUGGGCACCAGGUAGCCAACGAGGCUCUUCACGAGAAGGAUGGAGAAGGGAAGGACAGAACUGUGUUUGACAUACCAAUCUUCACAGAGGAGUUCCUCAACCACAGCAAAGCACGUGAAGCCGAGAUGCGGCAGCUGCGCAAGACCAACAUGGAGUACGAGGAGCGCAACGCAGCGCUGCAGAAGCACGUGGAGAGCAUGCGCGGGGCGGUGGAGAGGCUGGAGGGCGACGUGAUGCAAGAGAGGGGACGCAACGGGCUCCUGCACCAACACCUGGAGACCCUGCGCCAGGCGCUCACCUCCAGCUUCUCCUCCGUACCUCUGCCAGCCAGUGGAGAGACGCCCACUCUCGACAGCAUCGACUCCUACAUGAAGAAGCUCCACAGCAUCAUCGUCAGCAGCCCCCAAGAACACGAGAGUCUCAUCAACACUGUGAGAGACGUGGUCAACCGCUUGGACAGAUAAUUGGACCAAGUCGCUCUGAUUUGAUGGAUUGAGAUUCACAGCGACGUUCAGUAGAGAGGCUGCUUCCUGUCGGUCUGUCAUCCCAAUUGUUUCUGAAAACAUCUUUUAUUACUCUGCUAAGGAGAUGUAGCGUCUCUUAUUUAUUUAUUAUUGUUUUACAUUCUCUGUUCACACUUUAACAUAGCUGUAGUUUGUUUUAUACAAUAAUCAAAUGUUAGGACAUGAAACGGUUUUGUGUCACUCGUUGCUUCUGUUGUCUUCUCUGUCCUUUUAUAGCAAAAUGCCUCCAUAUCUAAAGCAUUAUCAAACAUGUUCUGAUCAAAGAAAAAAUGUGUCAGUGGGUUUGUAUUUACCACACAUCCAAGAAAUACUGUUGAGCAGCUUUUUUCCUUUUUCUUACUCUGUUGAAGAAAAACAUGUGCCAUUUAUUUUGUUUCCUGUGUGAAAAAAAAGUGUUUGUGUUUUCAAUAAACGUAUUUACAUUUGA